GAGGCUGGGAAAUGGAAGAGCAUUGUGCCAGCACCUGGUGAGGGCCUUCUUGCCAUGUUAUAUGUGAUGGUUUUUACUGAUGCCCUGCACAGAGAGAGGUCUGUAAAGUGGCAAGCAGGAGUCUGUUACAAUGGAGGAAAGGAUUUUGCUGUAUCUCUUGUCAGGCCCAAGACUGCAGAGGGAAUUG